AACUUCAGGGUCGUAAAUAUAAUAUUACAGUGCUAAAAAUUUUAACUAAAAUUGUACUAUGUACGAUACGAACCGAAGUUCUUGUAAAUCGGAUUUUUCAACACAAGGUCAUAAGACGGACAAAGCGUUGCUUUUUAGUAUUUUCUUCCUGAUUUUGUGGAAAAAAAUUAUGGCAGACGGUAAAAACAUAUCGGUUUUUGAGUCCUCCUCGCAGCUCGAGAAAGGUUUGACAGACCUGUUGAAACAGAUCUCCGAAAAAGCUAUAAAAGAUCGCGGAAAAUUUAUGCUGGGCGUUUCAGGUGCCAGCAUGGUUAAGCAGCUAUCUGCCGCCAUUCCAGCUGUUUAUUCAGAAAAGGGGAAUCCCGAAUGGAAUAAAUGGCACAUUUUCCUCUGCGAUGAACGCGUGCUGGGCUUCGACGAUCAAGAAAGUACUUUUGGAGCGUACAAAAAAGAUCUUCUGACUAAGGUUCCGCAGUUGGAGUCGCAAUUUGAAGUUAUCGAUCCAUCCCAGAACGCCGAGAAGAACGCUCUGAUCUACCACAAUCACCUGGUGAAGCAUUUCGGCAAUGCUAUUUGGCCCACUUUCGAUCUGCUGUUGCUGGGCAUGGGUCCGGAUGGUCACACUUGCUCUCUUUUCCCGAAUCAUCCGCUGCUGACUGAAACUGGUCGUGCUUGGGUGGCUCCCAUUAACGAUUCUCCCAAGCCACCUCCAUCCCGUAUCACACUGACUCUGGGUGUCCUGAACCAUGCUCGUGUCGUAGCAUUCGUUACUACCGGCAGCAGUAAGGCUGAUACGCUGAAGGAAAUUCUCGAAGGCGGUAAUCCCAACAAACUGCCAGCGGGUUUGGUGCAGCCCACUUCCGGAAAGCUGCUGUGGCUGCUGGACAAGGAGGCCUCUGCACGUCUGACCGGUGUGAAAAUGCAUUCCAAUGAAGUCAGAGUGGAGCUUUAGGAUGCAUGGAGGAUUGGAGGUUCAGUUUCGAAUUUUAUUUCAGUUUUAUUCGUUUAAUUUGACUACUCCUGUUUGAUUGUUUUUUUUUGUACGGAAUUUGCUUUAAAAAUUGCCGGUGUGCUGGAAGAGAGGCUGUAGUUGGUGAUUUCGAAUUUAAUCGUGCUCCACAUGAGAUGGUAAAUUACUUUUUAAUAGGUUCAAGUAAUAAAAAAAACUAUCGAA